AGAGGAAACCCGACGAGGCUUUUUCAUCACUUCUAAAUGCCUGAAACGUUCUACCUGCUGAAUCGUGGGGACAGAUAUUUCAUAACAUAAACAUAAUAAUCAGAAAAGGCCUGAUCACCAACAAAGAUCUAAUAACACCAUUUUUAUCUCUGCCAUUUAAAUUUUAUCUGAUAAUUUCAUUACACCUCUUAUUUUUAACUUUAAACAGGAUUGUUGCUUUUUCAUUUUUCUCUGCUUAUUGUUCAAUAAAUAUGAAUAAGCUCAAAAUAUGAUUAAAUUCAGACACUAACUGCGUUCUUAUGAUUGCACAAAUUGGAAUUACAAAAAUAAAUCAGCUUAAUGAAAAUAUUUUACAAAAUUUGGAAAAAACUUUUUCAGUUGCAUUUUGUAAAAGUCAUCAAAUUAGUCAAGUGAUCAACAACCGGAUGUUACUACUGAUGGAAACGACAAAGAAGACGACAGGAAGUGGGACGCAGGUGAUGGGCAGCGUGUUUUUAAAUAACUUAUUGCGUUAAAUUUAUUCACAUGUGAUUUUAAUGAAAUUUCUUGUUCUAUCGAAACACAGAAAUCGUUUUUUUGGACAUUAGUGGGAUAUCAGUAAAGUUUGUAUUUUUUUUCUCGCUGAAUUCAGCAGAGCUAAGUAAGGCUAGAUGUUAGCUUCUGCUGUAGUGCAUGUUGAGGUAUAUAACUAUUAAAAUGGGCAGCUAUAAACAUUUUUAGAGGUAAUGUCAAGAAUAUGCAGAUUUGAUCAUUUCAUGUUCUGGUUCUGAACUCCUGCGAAGACCGAAGGGUCAACUGUAGAUCAAAUUUUAUUCCAAAAUGUUGAGUUUUGCUGUUUGUUGGAAAAGUCAAGGCAUACAACAUACAUUUUAAAUUGUACCUUUUAGAACAAUUAAAAAAGAAAAAAUAAUAUGUUUUUAAAAUAUAAUUUUAUUUAAAAAAACAAAAAGCAGGAAAUUUGUUCCUCAUCUGCCGAAUCUGCUGCUGCUGCUCAAGUCCAAAGGAUGAAUAAAAAUGAAGUUAUAAGGAACCCAGAUGAGUUACAACCAAAACAAUAUUCAGAGUGAAAACCGGCUGAUUGGUCGAAAGCCAAGCAGGAAUGUCAGAGCAAAUAAGCCCCGCCCCCUUUAAUAACUUCCUGUUUGGAACCUGUGAAGGGUCAAGGGUCAGUUUGGCUCUGGAAAUGAUGAAGGACUUUAAAAAACACAAUCAGAGGAACAAACAUGAUGGUUUCUGUCAGGAUCUGAGCUUUGGAAACAAAAUGGAGCAAAAAUAUGAGAGGAUGUUUUUAUGCACCGAUGUUCCUAUGAAUUAUUUAUUUACAUAUAUAUUGAAACAAUUGACAACUAAUAUGGUGACUGAAUAAUUGAAUUUAAUGAUCUAUUUGCAUUACUUUAUGGAUUUGUCAAUAUUGUGCAAAAUAGGCUUCAGUGGUUAAAUGAAAAAUCUACAGAAUGUGAAAAAAGAAAUGUGCCGAGAAUAAGAAUAUUGUUUACCAUGGAAACGGUUUAGUUACAACUAAUAAUGUCAAGAUGUCUUUGCUAUUUAGUUUAUGACUAAAUUAAACUGAAUUUAUCAAGUUAUUUUAGGCUUGCAAUUCUUAAAUAUUCUAACUUUAUUUGUUGUAAUAAUUUGAGGCAGCUAGUUUUGAAUUGAAGUAAACCUGUUUUCCAUGUUGCAUUGCAAACACUGAAUAGUACAAGUUAUGUUCACUCAUAUUUUUCAGGUAAAUGCUAUGUACUGUAAAUAGUCAUAUUUACCGUAACUAACCGCCAUAAAAAGGGCAAGAAGAAGAAAAAGAAAGUGAAAGUAAAAACCUGGAGCGGCUCCUCCUCUGAGCAGCUGCUGUUUCCUCUCAGACAGAAAUUCACUUUUAAAUUCACUUCAGGAACAGAAGGAGAGAGAGAAGAGAGAAAAUGGCUUCCGGCUCCGAGAAGAAUCUUUCCUGCCCCAUCUGCCACGAAAUCUUCACGGAUCCUGUGGUUCUGUCGUGCAGCCACAGCUUCUGCCAGGCCUGCGUCCAGUCCUGGUGGAAGGAAAAGCUCAUAAACGAGUGUCCGGUUUGCAAGGAAAGGCCUCUGAGCAACCCGCCCAUCAGCUCGGCGUUGAGGAAUCUGUGUUUAGCGGAAAAAACGAGGCUCUCUGCGGGAGCGGAGCCGGGACUCUGCAGCCAGCACAGCGAGAAGCUGAAGCUGUUCUGCCUGGACCACCAGCAGUCCGUCUGCGUCGUCUGCAGGGACUCCAAAGCUCACAGCAACCACAGGUUUAGACCCAUCGACGAGGCGGCGGAGGAGCGCAGGGAGGAGGUCCGGGAGUCCCUCACGGCUCUGCGGGAACAGCUGAAGCUCUUCGAAGAGGCGAAGGGAAGCCGCGACCAAAACGCCAAACACAUCAAGAGCCAGAACAGAAACACGGAGAAGCAGAUCCGGGAUCAGUUCAGGAAGUUUCACCAGCUUCUGCAGGAGGAAGAGGAGGCGCGCAUCGCCGCGCUGAGGGAGGAAGAGCGGCAGAAAAGCAAAGCGCUGAGGGAGGAAUCGGAAGCUCUGAGCAGGAUCAUCUCCGAUUUCUCCACCACAAUCAGAGAGACGGAGAAGCAGCUGAAGGCCGACAGCGUUUCCUUCCUGCGCUCCUACAAAGCCGCCUUAACAACAGCGGAACAGCGCCGCCUGCAGGACGACCCGGCACCGUCCGCCGGCGCGCUGCUGGACGUGGCAAAACAUCUGGGCAACCUGGCCUUCAACAUCUGGAUCCAGAUGAAGGCGGCCGUCUGCUUCUCCGCCGUGGUUCUGGACCCAAACACGGCUCACCCCGAGCUGACCCCGGACGACGACCUGAGCGCCGCGACGCACGGAGAGCGGCUCAAGCUGCCGGACAACCCGGAGCGGUUCGGCUGGUGCCGCGCCGUGCUCGGCUCGGACGGGUUCACUUCCGGGUCGCACAGCUGGGAGGUCGAGGUCGGAGAAGGCGGCGGCUGGGAGGUGGGCGUGGCGGCGGAGUCCGCGGACAGGAAGGGGUCCGUGGGGUCGGGGUCGUGGAGGAUCGGUCUGGACGGCGCCUUUCUGGCCUUUUUCCCUCCAGGGAGAAGUUCGGUUCUGUCCGUCAAGCCGCCCCGGAGGAUCCGAGUCCAUCUGGACUGGGAGAGGGGGAAGCUGUCGUUCUCAGACGCCGAUACCGGCGGACACAUCCACACCUUCAGCCACUGCUUCACUGAGAAACUGUUUCCGUUUUUCAGCGUCAAGAAGGAGAAAACGCUGAAAAUAUUAACAACAGCAGUUUCUGCCUCUGUGGGCCAGUGAUGGGAGGAAAGUUCAGGUUCAGCAGAAAAGAAAUGAUCAUUAUGCACCAAAAUAUCACCUGGUUUUCUCUCUAUUCCUCAAAUUAUUUCCAUUUUCUUUGCCAUAUUGGGCCAAAGAGGAGAACAUUUCCGGCCAAAAGCUCAGAAAUGUUCCAAUGAUAAUAAUCUCAGAAGUUUUCUAGAAAAAAAACAAGAAAGUUUCUGAGCUUGAGAAGCUGGCAGUUCACUUAAAAACGAUUCAGCUCAGAAAUAUUUACAAAAAGAACAUUUCUGAGUUUAACAAGUAAAAAGACAUUUUCUAGAAAAAUCUUUGGUAAAGAACUCAGAUUUUUUCUUUAGAUUAAACUCAGAAAUGUUCUAAAGAAAAAAACUAAAAAGGAAUUUCUGAGCUUGAAAAGUCUAAACUUUCCUAUAUCUAGAAUUGAAAUAACACACAUGCUGCGUUAAAAUCAACAGGUUUUAUUCAAAUUCUUCUCGGCUUCCUUGAAUCUAGAUGAUGAUAUUGUUUUUAGUUUUCUCUUUUCCAUAGAAAAAGCUGCAGAUAUUUUUCACAUUAUUUUUUCUAGAAUUGUGUAAAUGAUUCUGAAAAUCUGCAUGUUAGCUCAUUUUUUAACCAAUCACGUCUAAAAGCUGAAAUACUUCGGCACAUCGCUACUCGACUCGCUAUUGGCUGCCCUUUGAGCAGCAGCCAAUCAAGGAGCGGCAUUUGUUUUCCUUGGCGCUGAUUGGCUGGAGGCCAAAUCGCGGUAAUAAGGACGACUGUAGACGUUAGCUUCUGCUAAGAUGGUCUCCACUGUUUACAUAUUUUAUUUAUUCAACAUAUCAAUCUGAUAAAUAAAAGAGCCUGACAUUAAACCAUCUUUAUUUCUAUUUCAUAACCAUGUGUGUUUUGGGAUGAGUUUUAUUUAUAUAAUAUUGGUACAUAUCAAUAUCGUGGGGUAACAAUAUCGGCAGAUUUUCAUAUUAUUUCAUUUGGUAAAAGUUCGUCAGAUCGUUAUUUUUUUGAAAUGAUCAUUUUUCUUUUUUAGGGUUUUGUUCUUGACGUUUUGGCUGAAACAUGUUAAACUGACCAAAAUAAAAUCAUUUCUGUGGAUUUUUCUUAAUGCUUCUGUGGUUUCAAGGCUGACAUGAAUGUUUAGUUUUUCAUUUCAAUAUAAAGUUAUGGUUCUUUGUUUUUUAAAGUGUAAAGAAGCUGGUUUCUCUGUGCUGUUGUGUUAUUGUAUUAUAACUCACUGACAUUUGACAUAACUGACAUUUAGUUAUGCUAAAUCAAUGUAAUAUGGCUAAAUGUAUUGCUAAUAAAUACUUACAGUGCAA